AGUAAGGGGUUGUUCCCAAUGGUGUACAAGAGAUUCCGAGAAGCCGUCUCCUCCCCGUCUUCCAUCUCUGUAUGGAAUCACGAUGUCUUCUUAAGUUUCAGUCCAGAAGAUACGCGCAACAAAAUCAUCAUCGAUGGCCUCUACAAUGCUUUGGUCCAUAGAGGGAUUCGCACUUUCAGAGAUGACGAAGACGAGGACAAGCGAGGAGUGAAACCUAUUGAAGAAUCGAUGAUCGCUAUAGUCAUUUUCUCAAGAAAAUACGUUUCUUCGAUGUGGUGUCUGGAUGAACUAGUGAAGAUAGUUGAUUGCAGAAGCAGCAAUGGUCUAACUGUUUUGCCUGUUUUCUGGGAUGUCGAUCCGUCGGAUGUACGAAAACAGAACGGUAGUUUGGAGGAAGCGUUUGCUAGACAUGAGGAGCGUUUUCAAGAGGAAAAAGAGAGGGUUCACGGGUGGAGGGCAACUCUUACUAAAGUGGCAAAUCUCUCUGGUUGGGAUCUGCAAAACGUUUCCAAUUUUGGGCAGGAGGCAAAAUUUAUUCAAGGAAUUGUUGAUGAUGUUUUGAUUAAACUAAGUCGAACACCAUUGAAGAUCACUAGUUACCUCAUUGGAAUAGAUUCCCGAGUUGCGAGGAUGAAUUCAUAUAUAAAUCUUUCCCCAUAUGAAUCUCGUAUCAUAGGGAUUUGUGGUAUUGGUGGAUUAGGUAAGACAACCAUUGCGAAGGCCGUAUAUAAUGAAAUUUAUAAUAGAUUUGAAGGUUGCAGUUUUCUUGAGAAUGUCAGAGAAGUUUCAAAACAACCCAAUGGUCUAAUUCAUUUACAAGAACAACUCCUUUCUGAUGUCCUAAUGAAGAAAAACCUGAAGAUAAGCAACGUUGCUAGAGGAAUAAGUAUGAUCAAACAAAGGCUUCACUACAAAAAGGUUCUUAUCUUUAUUGAUGAUGUAGAUCAUUCAGAGCAAUUAAAUGCAUUGGCUGUCAAGCUUGAUUCGUUUGGUAUGGGAAGUAGAAUCAUUGUCAUAUCACGGGAUGAACAUUUGCUAAACGAGGCUGAAGUGUGUGACAUUUACUAUCCUAAAGAGUUGGACUCUCAUGAAUCUCUUCAACUCUUCUGUUGGCAUGCAUUUAAGAAUGAUUCUCCACCAGAUGACUACAAGAAACUCUCACAGGAGAUGGUCGAUAAUGUCAAAGGAAUUCCAUUAGCUCUUGGGGUUGUGGGUUCUUUAAUGUUCAGCAAAAGUAGCUUAUCUGAAUGGGAGAAUGCAUUAGCCAAACUAAAAAGUACUCCUCAUGAUCAAAUUCAAAAAAAACUUAGAUUAAGUUUUGAUGAUUUGGAUGACACGGAGAAGGAUAUCUUCCUUGACAUCGCAUGCUUCUUUAUUGGAAUGGACCAAAGCUAUGUAUCUAAAAUACUAGAUGGAUGCAACUUGUUUCCAGUUAUUGGAAUCCGCGUUCUCAUUCAAAGAUCGCUUAUUACAAUUGAUGAAGACCAUAAACUAAGGAUACAUGAUCUUCUUCGAGAGAUGGCCAAGGAAAUUGUUCGUGAAGAAUCUCCUGAAGAACCAGGAAGACGUACAAGAUUGUGGUCACGAGAGGAUGUCUGUGAUGUACUGGCAAAACAUGAGGGAACUAAAUCUGUUGAAGGCAUCAUCCUUAACAUUUCUCAAAAUGAGGAUGUGUGUUUCAAUACUGAAGCAUUUGUAGACAUGCAUAAUCUAAGAUUGCUUCAACUCAAUUAUGUACACCUAAGGGGAGGGUAUGAACAUCUCUCUAAGGAAUUAAGAUGGCUUUGUUGGCAUGGAUUCCCUUUGAAUACUAUACCUUCCAAUUUUGACUUGGAGAAUCUUAUUGUUCUUCACAUGGAAAAUAGCAGUGUUAAAGAGGUUUGGAAGGAAAUCAAGCUGCUCAAAAGGUUGAAAAUCCUGAACCUUAGUCAUUCGAGGUACUUAACGAAAACCCCCAACUUCUCAGGAAUCCCCAAUCUUGAGGAACUGAUCCUUGAAGAUUGUACAAGUCUGGUUGAGGUUCACCGAUCCAUUGGGUAUCUUGACAAGCUUAUUGUCUUGAAUUUGAGAAACUGCAAUAACCUUAUGAAGCUUCCAGACAGCAUUGGUAUGUUGAGAUCUCUUGAGGAACUGAUCCUUCUAGAUUGCAUAAGUCUGGUUGAGGUUCACCAAUCCAUUGGGUAUCUUGACAAGCUUAGUGUCUUGAAUUUGAAUAACUGCAAUAAGCUUAUGAAGCUUCCUGACAGCAUUGGUAUGUUGAGAUCUCUUGAGAAACUCAGUCUCUAUGGUUGCUCGAAACAGGUGCGAUCUACUUCAUGGUUUUCAUUCCCCCAAUAUUUCAGUUCACUAAAAAGGCAGCGGACUUCUACCACUUUGCUUCCUGCUUCUUUCUCUGGUUUAUCCUCUUUGAAAAUUGUAAAUCUCAGUUACUGCAAUCUGUCAGAAGAUUUGAUUCCCAAUGAUUUCUGGAGCUUGCCAUCAUUGACACACUUAAUAUUGGAUGGGAACAGAUUUUGCACCCUACCAGCCAGCAUCAGACAUCUUUCUCAUCUUGAAUGGCUUACAUUGAGAAAUUGUAGAGAUCUGAAACUAAUGACAGAGCUUCCUUCAAGUUUAGUGUUUUUGAAUCUUGGAGGUUGCUCAACAAUGGAAACAUUACCAUCCAACAUCAGUGAUCUCUAUGGACUUUGGUAUCUUGAUUUGAACGGAUGUAAGAGGCUACAGUCAGUUCCAAAGCUUCCAUCACGCUUAGGCGAGUUGCGAACAAGCGGUUGCACAUCUUUGCAAGGAGUAGACAUUAAUAAGGACUUACAGUCUUUACGAGAUUUAGUUAUCAACUACGAUCACUUCUGUAGUAAAUCGGAUGAAAUAAGUUGCCUUCCUAAUCUUGAGCAUGAAAUUUUGGAAGGGUAUGAGAGGCCUCAAACACUGCCAAAGCUUCCAUCAAAUUUGCGUUCCUUGUUUGUAGAAGGUGACCCAUCGAAUUUGCUUGUCAAUUGCCAGGAGAUUACUAGCAUGGAAACUUCUCAAUCUGUACAAGGCAUCCACACAGAAGGUUGCCACCAUCUGGGGAACACUUUGAGGAAGAAUAGCCUUUUUCAGGAUAUACAUAGGAGAUUUGAAGUAUGGGGUAAUGGGAGUGAGAUUCCAAAAUGGAUCAGCCAUCAAAAUAUGGGGUCUUCGAUAUCAUUUGAGGUAUCAGACUGUUGUUCGGGUUGUAAGAUCCAAGGGUUGGAUGUAUCUGCUGUUUUUUCAGCUGGGAAAGAAUCUUCAAUCUUCCGUUCUAUUGCUGUAAUUUGUAGUAAAACCAAAAAUAUUCAAUGGGGGCCCGUUAUUGGACAGUACCCAUCUCCACUUCCACUAGAUCAAGACGGAUUGUUGUUACGCCAUAUUACAAUUCCUGAGCUUUGGGGUUUCUCAGGACACGAAGAUGGAUUUGGCGAUCACUUUGAAGUAGGGGAUCAAUUGGAGGUUUCAGUAAAAAUUGAGGCGUAUUAUCCUAACCUUCUUAAACUCUUCUAUAGUAAUAUGAAGGAAAAAGACUAG